CAAACGAAUAUUAAAGCCAGUGUUGAAUUGUUUCUUCAUGCAUUUGGGCCUUGAGAUUUAUAUGUAUAUAGAAGUUGGCCCAAAGCCAAUGUUGAAUUCCCAUUUACAGACAAGUUCAUUGCCGAAUCCAAAAAUCCCCAAUAAAACGCUUCUUCCCCUCAAAUCUAGUUGCCCCAGGUGUCCUCUCUUCUCGUAGGCUCCGCCCCAAUCGAGCCGUUUGAAUUUCACAGCAACAACAGCAAUCAGACAAAGAUUCCAUUUUCAAUCACAAGAAUAAAAUGAGCGACCACAAGACCGCAGCAGCAGCUGCAGCUGCAGCACCCGAUCACCACCCACCAUCUCAGACCACGAAGCCUCUUCCUCACUCCGAAGACUACGCUCCCUACCCUAAGCUCGACCCCAACGACGUCGUGCCGCCUCCCCAGCCCGAAACUUGGACCUCUGUCUCUAUCGCCUCUGAACCGCCGCCGAAAUUGGAAUCACCGUCAGCGCCGCCGCCUCCAGUCGCUGAUCCUCCGGUUCACGUCGAGGCUCGAGCGCCGAUUGCCGGCGAAGCUGCCACCUCCAUGCCGACGGAGUCCAAUCCCUACGUCGCCACUCCUGCUCCGGCUCCCUCCUCCUCCGUCAAGAAUAAGAUGGAUUCAGUGAAAGAUGUUCUUGGAAAAUGGGGAAAGAAGGCUGCGGAGGCCACCAAGAAGGCCGAGGAUCUUGCUGGCAACAUGUGGCAGCACUUGAAAACGGGACCUAGUUUUGCUGAUGCUGCUGUGGCAAGAAUUGCACAGAGCACUAAGGUACUUGCAGAAGGUGGUUAUGAGAAGAUCUUUCGACAAAAUUUUGAGACUGUCCCAGAGGAGCAACUUCAGAAGACAUAUGCUUGCUACCUAUCCACAUCUGCUGGCCCAGUAAUGGGAAUUUUAUAUUUGUCAACGGCAAAGCUUGCAUUUUGCAGUGACGAUCCCCUUUCAUACAAAAAUGGCGACCAGACUGAAUGGAGCUAUUAUAAGGUCGUUAUUCCAUUGCACCAGCUGAAGGCGGUCAAUCCAUCAACAAGCAAAGUCAAAUCAGCUGAAAAAUACAUCCAGGUGGUCUCUGUUGACAACCAUGAAUUCUGGUUUAUGAGCUUUGUACACUAUGACAGUGCUGUGAAACAUCUUCAAGAAAUAUUGCACCCCACCCAGCCCCAGCCCCACAGUUUGUGAUGAAUAUAACUCCAAACCUUUGCCAUGUUACAGCAGAGGCAUCAUGUUGGCAAGACGUCUACGUAGACGAAAUCAUGCGGGAUAUGGAAUAUAUCAGCUAUAAUGUAGAUGUAUGUUCUUUGAUUUGUGAAAUUGCUGUGAUGUAUUUGUUAUUAGAACCCAGAGACUGAUUUUUACUCUUCGGGUAUAGUGAUACAUUUGGGAUGAGGUAAGUUUCAGUCGAGUCUAUAUUUGUUGUAAAUGACAUUUGUGAUUAUAUACAUCGUAUUUUCAGCCUAUCA